CUGUAUAAAAGGACCUUUUCUUGGUAUCAGAAUACAUUGUAUCCGUUCUUCUUCUCUCUCAAACCCUAAUCGCUCCUCUGAAUUUUCUCGAUUAUCUGUCUCAAGAUGCAAAUAUUUGUGAAAACCCUCACCGGCAAGACCAUCACUCUCGAAGUUGAGAGUUCGGACACCAUUGACAAUGUCAAAGCAAAGAUCCAGGACAAGGAAGGAAUUCCUCCGGACCAGCAAAGGCUUAUCUUUGCCGGCAAACAGCUUGAGGAUGGCCGCACCUUGGCCGACUACAACAUCCAAAAGGAAUCGACUCUCCACCUGGUUCUCCGGUUAAGAGGUGGUAUGCAGAUCUUCGUAAAGACUCUUACCGGUAAAACGAUCACCCUCGAGGUUGAAAGCUCCGACACCAUUGACAAUGUAAAGGCAAAGAUUCAAGACAAAGAAGGAAUCCCUCCAGACCAACAGAGACUCAUCUUUGCUGGUAAGCAGCUCGAAGAUGGAAGGACCCUUGCUGACUACAACAUCCAAAAGGAAUCAACUCUCCACCUGGUUCUCCGGUUGAGAGGUGGUAUGCAGAUCUUCGUGAAGACUCUUACCGGCAAAACGAUCACCCUCGAGGUUGAGAGCUCUGAUACCAUUGACAACGUGAAGGCAAAGAUCCAGGACAAGGAAGGAAUCCCUCCGGACCAGCAAAGGCUUAUCUUUGCUGGCAAACAGCUCGAGGACGGAAGGACCCUUGCUGAUUACAAUAUCCAGAAAGAAUCCACUCUCCAUUUGGUCCUUCGUCUCCGUGGUGGUAUGCAGAUCUUCGUCAAGACCCUUACCGGCAAAACAAUCACCCUCGAGGUUGAAAGCUCUGACACAAUUGAUAAUGUCAAGGCAAAGAUCCAGGAUAAGGAAGGAAUCCCUCCGGACCAACAGAGACUCAUCUUUGCUGGCAAACAGCUGGAGGAUGGACGAACCCUUGCUGACUACAAUAUCCAGAAGGAAUCCACCCUCCACCUGGUUCUCCGUCUUCGCGGUGGUAUGCAGAUCUUUGUCAAGACCCUCACGGGGAAAACCAUAACUCUUGAAGUUGAGAGCUCAGAUACCAUUGACAAUGUUAAGGCGAAGAUUCAGGAUAAGGAAGGGAUCCCUCCGGACCAGCAGAGGCUCAUCUUUGCUGGCAAACAGCUGGAGGAUGGACGAACCCUUGCAGACUACAACAUCCAGAAAGAGUCCACCCUUCACCUUGUCCUUCGUCUCCGUGGUGGUAUGCAAAUAUUCGUCAAGACUCUCACAGGAAAGACCAUCACUCUAGAGGUUGAGAGCUCGGAUACCAUUGACAAUGUGAAGGCAAAGAUACAGGACAAGGAAGGAAUCCCUCCGGACCAGCAGAGACUCAUCUUUGCUGGGAAGCAGCUCGAGGAUGGUCGGACCCUGGCUGAUUACAACAUCCAGAAGGAAUCCACCCUCCACCUGGUUCUCCGUCUUCGUGGUGGAAUGCAGAUUUUCGUGAAGACCCUCACGGGGAAAACCAUAACUCUCGAGGUGGAGAGCUCGGAUACCAUUGACAACGUAAAGGCGAAGAUCCAGGACAAGGAAGGGAUCCCACCCGACCAGCAGAGGCUCAUCUUUGCCGGGAAGCAGCUGGAGGAUGGACGCACCCUAGCUGAUUACAAUAUCCAGAAGGAAUCGACCCUUCACCUUGUCCUUCGUCUUCGCGGCGGAAGCUUCUAAAGAAUGUGUGUGCGCGCACUUGGGUAGCGAGGGAGAUGCGUCGGUGGUUUUUGGUUUUGGUGGUGGUGUUUUAUCUUGUUACCUUUGGACUGCAAAGUGUGGUUGGCUGCGUGUGUUCACCGUUUCGUUCGUGUCUUUGUUUUUUCCUAUUGGGCGGACAAAUCCUCCCUUGUUCCCCGUUAUUGCAUGUUGAUGUUUCCGUACUGUGUUGUAUAUAAAAUUACACCCAUAUUAUAUGUGUGUGUGUGUGGCAUUUGGAUCU